CCUCUCACUUUCAGUUUACAUGCUCUUGCGCUGUUAAACCCUAACCCCAAACCGCCAGCCAGCAGUGCCGCAUCGGCUCAGAUCUCCGACUUACAUAUUAUCUCCAUCACCGUCUGCCGCCUUGAUACGGCCUCCUUCGGCUUCGUUGGGGAUGGCUCCAAAGCAACCUAAUACUGGCUUGUUUGUUGGCCUCAAUAGAGGCCAUGUCGUGACCAAGAAAGAGUUGGCACCACGCCCUUCUGAUAGGAAAGGGAAAACCAGCAAAAGGGUGCAUUUUGUGAGAAGCCUUAUUAGGGAAGUUGCUGGUUUGGCUCCCUAUGAGAAGCGAAUUACUGAACUUCUUAAAGUUGGAAAAGACAAACGUGCACUUAAAGUUGCUAAGAGAAAGUUGGGAACUCACAAGAGGGCAAAGAAGAAGCGUGAAGAGAUGUCCAAUGUUGUUCGCAAGAUGAGGGCUGCUGGUGGUGGUGAAAAGAAGAAGUGAGCUGCAGACAGCCCUUGGAUUUCUUCAUAGAGUUCUCUUUUUGAAUGAGAUUAAUAGCUUAGAUUAUAUUAUUUUAUCUUACUAUCUGGUUAAUCUGAAGGCUGCCUUUUGUCUUUUGGUUUUGUUUACUUGACAAUUUACAUUACAUUUUAAUUUAGAAAAACUUUUAUUGCUA